GAGUGUUUGUGACACAUGCACGACUCGUCUGCAGGGAGCGACCACGGCCAGCAAGCAGCAGGAGGAGGAGGAGGAGGGGGAGGAAGAGGAAGAGGAGGCCCGGCCCACCGCCUUCAUGUGGAUGCUAUCAAGGUGUGACAAGAGGAGACACUGCAGGCCUUCUAGGAUUACUUUCCAGUGGUGCUCAACAUUCUGAAAGGAUGACCACAGAUGAUGCUUCUGGGUUCCUACAUUGGAAUAGGAACACAUUGACAAGGUUGGAAAUAUGCAAAGAAGAUUCCGUGUUGGAUUAGAGGAUUUGGUAAUAUGUUUUUACCGAGCGUCCCCCCGCACUGGCGUCAUGGACCCUGACAGGGAUGUGCUGUUGGCUCACCUGGUCCAAGCAGGACCACCUGGACCUUCCCCCUCUGGACUGUUUGUUUUAUCCAAAAUGGAGUGAACUAUUUGUCUCUCUUAUCUGGGGCUUGUGUGGAAAAUAAGCAAUCAAAACAACAACAAUAACAAGAAGCCUGACACCUAAAUGCAUUGUGGGCGGGGUCCACUUUGAACACUGAGGUGUCGGUUGGGUCGGCCUCAAUGGACGCCGGUUACCCGGUCUGACCGCGUCCUGCCCUGACCCCGCCGUCCCAGGUUUGACCUUGCAGUGACCUUUGACCUCUCCGGUCCUGGCUCUCCACCUGCUCUGCUGCCUGGGUUCCGGAACGCUCCGCCCUGGGGCGCAGAACGAGCCAAUCAGGAUGAAGAAGAGCCGCAGUGGGCUGUCGGUGACAGGAGAAGAGGGCGAUGACACGGACAUAGCGGUUGCCGGGGAGAAGGCAGAGUCACCGCGCUACAGCCGAUCUUACACGUCCGGGGCCACGCUGGGGGCGGAGCUACGCAGGGGCAGGAGCAGGAGACUGUCAUCCAGUCUCCAGGUUCCCUGCUGGCUCCGCCCUCGCGACCGUACUCGCUCGCCAGAGGUCCUUGGCAACAUGCCGCGCCCCACAACGCUCCCCCUCCGCAUCCCGCCGCGCAUCUCCAUCACGCAAGCCGACGCCGACAGUUAUGAAGGAGAAAAUGGCGUCUCCCCCGCUCACACACCACUGGGCUCGCAGAGUCCGGGGCUCACCCUGCACACGUCCUUCCCUCAGAGCCAGAGGAGGGAGUCCUUCCUCUACCGCUCAGACUCGGACUACGACAUGUCGCCCAAAACGGUCUCGCGGAACUCCUCUUUGGCCAGCGAAGGGCACACUGCAGAGGACUUCAUCGUUACUCCUUUUGCUCAGGUCCUGGCCAGUCUGCGAUCAGUGCGAAGCAACUUCACCCUCCUCGCCAACGUCUCCACUCCGACAGUCAAGAGGUCACCGCUGAGUGGCGUGUGUGUCAGUCCCAGAGCCAAGCUGUCGGACCAACAGCAUCAACAGCUCGCCUUGGACACGCUGGAAGAACUGGACUGGUGUUUGGACCAGCUGGAAACCAUCCAGACGCACCGCUCGGUCAGCGAGAUGGCCUCCAACAAGUUCAAGAGGAUGUUAAACAGAGAGCUGUCCCACCUGUCCGAGAUGAGUCGCUCAGGCAACCAGGUGUCGGAGUACAUCUCCAGCACCUUCCUGGACAAGCAGGACGAAGUGGACAUCCCAUCUCCGACGCUGAAGGACAAGCCGAUGAGUCAUAUCAGCGGCGUGCGGAAGCUGUCCCACAGCUCCAGCCUCUCCAGCUCCUCCAUGCCUCGCUUCGGGGUUAACACGGACCACGAGGAUGAGCUCGCCAAGGAGUUGGAAGACUUGGACAAGUGGAGCUUCAACAUAUUCCAAAUUGCCGAAUUGUCCAACAACAGACCUCUGAGCUGCAUCAUGUAUUCCAUCUUCCAGGAACGAGAGUUGCUGAAGACCUUUCGCAUCCCCAUCGACACGUUUGUCACUUAUGUGAUGACCCUGGAGGACCAUUACCAUGGCAACGUGGCCUACCACAACAGCCUCCAUGCUGCAGAUGUCACACAGUCUACAAAUGUGUUGCUCUCCACACCUGCUCUUGAUGCUGUCUUCACCGAUCUCGAGAUCUUAGCCGCCCUCUUUGCUGCCGCUAUCCACGAUGUCGACCACCCUGGAGUUUCCAAUCAGUUUCUCAUCAACACCAACUCCGAGCUGGCUCUGAUGUACAAUGACGAGUCGGUCCUAGAGAAUCACCACCUGGCUGUGGGCUUCAAGCUCUUACACCAGGACAACUGUGACAUCUUCCAGAACCUUACCAAGCGACAGCGGCAAAGCCUUCGCAAGCUCGUUAUCGAUAUCGUUUUGGCAACAGACAUGUCCAAACACAUGACCCUACUGGCCGACCUGAAGACUAUGGUUGAAACGAAGAAGGUGACCAGCUCUGGUGUGUUGCUGCUGGAUCACUACAAUGAGCGCAUGCAGGUCCUAAGAAACAUGGUGCACUGUGCCGACUUGAGCAACCCCACCAAGACCUUAAUGCUGUACCGGCAGUGGACGGAGAGGAUCAUGGAGGAGUUCUUUCGCCAGGGCGACAAGGAGAGGGAGCGCGGCAUGGAGAUCAGCGCCAUGUGCGACAAACACACUGCCUCUGUGGAGAAAAGCCAGGUGGGUUUCAUUGACUACAUUGUCCACCCGUUGUGGGAGACGUGGGCCGACCUGGUGCACCCGGAUGCCCAGGAACUUCUGGACACAUUGGAGGAGAACCGGGAGUGGUACCUAAACACCAUGCCUCAGUCGCCAUCGCCGCCCCCGGACAGACACCUGCAGCACGACCGCUUCCAGUUUGAGCUCACACUGGAAGACCUGGAGCACAACAACCACAACCAUGUGCACACCGGGAGCAGCACUGGAUGUGAGGGAACCCCCAGCUACGACGACCCGGCUGAGAGGGAAGAUGAGAAGAACCACAACAGCGAGCAGAAUGGAGUUUGCGAUGAGUAUGAUGGUGACGAUGGAGAAAAGGUGGAGGAAGAGGCGAGUGUAGAAACUGCAGAGGAGCAGCUAGAAGAUGAAGAAAGUGGAGAUAAUGGCGGUGGAGAAAAGGAACAGGAAGAAGAGGAUGAGGAGGCAAAGGGAGAGAAGGAGGAUGAUGAAGGUGGGACUGAAGAUGGGAUACAGGAGGAGGGAAAGGAAGGAGAGGAAAAUGUAGAUGGCGAAAUAAGUGAAGCAGAAGCGGUGAAUGUGGAGGAAGAUGAGACAGAAGGGAAUUUGGAGGCACAGGAGGAUCUGAAUGAGUAUGAGACAGAAGGGAAUGUGGAGGAUGAAGAGCAGGCAGAGGGGAACGUGAAAGAGCCUGAAGAAGAAGGGAAUGAUGAUGAGGCAGAUGGGAACGUGGAGGAGGAAGAUGAAGAAGAGAUGAAGGUAGAUGAGGUUGAGGGAAACAAUGAGGAGGAAGAAGACGAGAAUGUGGAAGAAGAUAUGAAGGUAGAUGAGGUUGAGGAGGGAGAGGAGGCAGAGACUGAGGAGCAAGUGGAAGGAGAGGAAGUUGAGGAGAAAGAGUUGGAAGAAGAUGAAGAGGAUGGGGAAGGAAACGAAGCAGAAGAGAGUUAGUGACAUCCAAGCCUACGAGGGCGAAACGAGAAGAUGUCAAGAUGCACUAGGACAGUCGGCCUGUCAAUCACAUGCUCCACCCACCUGUGACCAUGCGUGGUGAGAGGGGAAAGUGACGUUUGCGCUCGCCUCAGACAGACUGCAGUGGAGCGGACGCUCGGGCGGAACCUCAGCAGGCAGAGGCAGGAAAAGGGUUCAACACGUUAUAUUGACCUUUUCACAGGGUGACAAAAUAACAUGCAAAUAAGUUUGUGCCUGUUCUCCCGAGCUCACUGACGUUAUUUCCCAUUGUCUUCUGUGUCGUCCUAUGAGGAAGAUUCCACACGAGACAUCCAGUCCACACCACAAAACUUGUUCUGUUUGUCCUGAAAGAAAAAGCAAAAAAACACCAGUGAAAUCUGUCGUCUUAUUUUUACACUUGAAAGUCAAGCAGUACUGUAAAGAGGAAAAGUGUACAAAAAUAAUAAUAAUUUGCAGGCAAGUAGACAACCCCCUGUACUCACCCCCAAGUCGAGUGACAGGGCAAACAGUGCCAAAGUGAGCCACGAGCAGCAACAAGGGAAACAAUGCAUUGUGGGUCAAGGCUAAAGGUGUGAUGGUCUUCCACAAAUCAACUGUUUUUUGUAAAAAAAAAAAAAAAAAAAAAAACUUAAAAAGGGCAGGUUUGGCACUUUAUCACCCACUGUUACAUAUAUGUACAUAACAAACAUGUAUUUUAAUCUUCUCUGAUGUCAUAAUAAAUAUGAUCAAUCAUGA